GGAUAGAACGCCGUGUAUCCGUUCGAUUCUCUCGCCGUCCAAUGGGAGCAGGGAGUUUGGCGCCUCGCAGCCAAUGAGCGGAGAGAUCCUCCGGGCCUGGAUUUCCUCGUCCUCGGCUCCGCCGCCGCUCGCUGCGCAGGGGCUGCGCGCUGGCGCUGCGCGGGGCGCGGAGGUGGCGGCGAUCGGCGAUCGCGCAGGACGACCAGCCAUGACCACAUCCAGUUCUCUGCUGUGGGCGGUUGAUAUCUUUGGCAGAGUCUACACGCUUUCUGCCACUGGCCAGUACUGGGAGCUGUGCAAGGAUGGGGAGCUGGAAUUCAAGCGGGUUUCUGCUGUCAAAGCGUGUUCCUGGGGCCUGGCAUGCGACCAUCAAGUUUAUGUUUACAUCCACUCCAAUGACGUCCCUAUUCGUUACCAGGAGGAAACCUAUGAGAAUCAGCGCUGGAAUCCCGUGAUCGGCUUCUGCGAGAAGCUCUUACCCAGUGACCGCUGGCAGUGGAGUGACGUGAGUGGGCUGAAGCACCAGAGCCUCGAAAGCUUUGCAUUGCCGUCGCCCCACUGGGAGUGGGAGUCUGACUGGUAUGUGGAUGAAAAUUUUGGAGGGGACCCUACAGAGAAAGGGGGCUGGACGUAUGCCAUCGACUUCCCAGCCACCUACACCAAAGACAAGAAGUGGAAUUCCUGUGUGAGGCGUAGAAGGUGGAUUCGAUACAGGAGAUACAGAUCAAGGGAUAUGUGGGCAAAGAUUCCAUCCCAGGAGGACUCUAAGAAGCUUCCAGACCCUUUCAACGAUCUCUCCGUAGGGGGAUGGGAGAUUUCUGAUGAGCCGGUGGGACGCCUGUCCGUCUGGGCCGUUACUUUGCAAGGGCAGGUCUGGUACAGGGAAGGUGUCUGUCACCACAACCCAGAAGGUUCUUUCUGGUCCCUCGUCCCCACCCCUGGUGAGGCCGUGCAGAUCAGCUGUGGACCCUAUGACCUCCUCUGGGCAACGCUUUGGGAAGGACAGGCGAUCAUCCGGGAAGGGAUCGACCGGAACAACCCUCAGGGAAUCGCUUGGACAAUCGUGGAGCCUCCCGUGCCAGAGAAUGGAAUCUUGCAUGUGUCUGUUGGUGUAAAUGUGGUUUGGGCAGUUACCAAGGACAGAAAAGUCUGGUUCCGAAGAGGUGUGAAUUCACACAAUCCUUGUGGCACCAGCUGGAUUGAAAUGGUUGGCGAGAUGACGAUGGUGAGCGUAGGACUGAAUGACCAGGUCUGGGGAAUCAGCAGCGAGGACCGAGUGGUGUAUUUCCGCCAAGGCGUCACGCCGAGCGAGCUGAGCGGGAAGAUGUGGAAAGCGAUCGUGUGCAGCACAGACAGUGACCGUUCACAGACCGGCAGCUCGGCGAGUCUCCUCAGCGCUGGCCACUUUUUCACAGAUGACAUCAGAGAGCAAGCCAGCUCCAUAUUCCCGCUGGACGGGGAGCUUCCCCCUGAGGGGGAGGCAUCCCUGGCUCUGGGGGAUGGCCACGUUCCCAGACGCGGCAUCCAUGAAGAUGGCAACAACCACGCCCACCCUGUCGCCGAUCCGACUAUCUCCCCUCUGGACGAAGCCAGCCCUGCUCGGGCGGAAGGGCUCAGGGAUGCUCCAGAGAAGCCCGUCCCCAAUCAAGACGCCCGUCCCGCUGAACUGCAGUGGGCUGACAUCGACCUGAAGGAGGCGAGCCGGUCAGCUGCAGCAGCCGCGAGCUCCCUGGCCGAGACCUCGAGCCUGUCUUCCUUGGGCACGUUGUCCGUGGGCAUGGAGGAGCACUUCGUGGCAGACGGGCCUCCGCUCUGGGUCUGGGUCUCCGGCGGAGGCUGCCUGGUGGAGUCGCACAGCAGCCUGAAGUGGUUCACGGCACCCGCAGCCUUAUCCUCCUCUGGCCAGUCCCUCUCCUUGUCCAUCACCCCAGCCCAGACCGCCGUGUGGCGGAAACAGAUCUUUCAGCAGCUCUCCGAAAGGACCCGGCGGGAGCUGGAGAACUUCCGGCACUACGAACAGGCUGUCGAGCAGUCUGUCUGGGUGAAAAAUGGCACCUUGCAGUGGUGGAGAAACUGGAAGCCGUACCGCUGGGUGGAUGUGCGGGUGGCCCUCGAGCAGUUCACGGGGAAUGACGGUGUGCGGGACAGCAUCCUCUUCAUCUAUUACACGCACGGUGAAGAGAAGAAGUACGUCCACGUGUUCCUCAACGAGGUCACCAUCCUGGUUGAAAUCCUGAAUGAAGCCAGGCACUCGUUUGCCCUGUACACGGCAGAGAGAACGAAGCAGCGCUGGCCCAUCCAACUGGCCGCGGCCACGGAGCAAGAAAUGCACGACUGGCUGUCUCUGCUCAGCAUGUCCUGCUGCGAAAGCCGGCAGAUCCAGGGGCCCCCCUCCCCUCAGGCCAUCUGGUCCCUGACCUGCAAGGGAGACAUCUUCGUGAGCGAGCCGAGCCCUGGCCUGGAGGCGGCGGUGUCCCCGGUGCCCUGCGACCAAAUGUUCUGGCGCCAGGUGGGGGGGCACCUCCGACUCAUCGAAUGCAACAGCCGUGGCAUCGUUUGGGGUGUGGGCUAUGACCACGCCGCCUGGGUCUACACAGGUGGAUAUGGAGGAAGCUUCUUCUCAGGUUUGGCAAGCAGCAGUGAUAACAUCUUUGCGCAGUCUGAUGUGAAGUGUGUCUACAUUUAUGAGAACCAGCGAUGGAACCCGGUCACCGGAUACAGCAGCAGGGGCCUGCCUACGGAUCGGUACAUGUGGAGUGAUGCUUCCGGCUUGCAGGAGCGCACCAAAGCCAACACCAAACCCCCAUCGCCGCAGUGGUCCUGGGCAUCUGACUGGUACAUCGAUUUCAGUGUUUCGGGAGGCACAGAUCGGGAAGGCUGGCAGUAUGCGGCGGAUUUUCCAGCGUCUUAUCACGGCCACAAAACAAUGAAGGACUUUGUGCGGCGGAGGCGCUGGGCCAGGAAAUGUAAAAUCGUCACUACGGGACCCUGGCUGGAAGUCCCUCCAAUUCCCUUGUGGGACGUGUCCAUCAUCCCCUGCUUGCCCGCCACCGAGGAAGAGUUUGUUGCGCUCUGGGCCAUCAGUGACAAGGGCGAUGUUCUCUGUAGACUGUGCGUCACUCCCCAGAACCCGGCCGGAACAUCUUGGCUACACGUGGGGACAAACCAGCCUUUUGUUUCGGUCUCCAUCGGCGCUUUUCACCAGGUCUGGGCCAUUGCCCGAGAUGGCUCCGUGUUCUACCGUGGUUCGGUAUCCCCAAAUCAACCAGAAGGCGACUGCUGGUACCACAUCCCUUCUCCACCGAAGCAGAAGAUCAAACAGGUCUCUGUAGGACGGACUUCCGUGUUUGUGGUGGACAAAAAUGGAAACCUGUGGUAUCGUCAGGGCAUCACACCAAGCUACCCUCAAGGAACCAGCUGGGAACACGUUUCAAACAACGUCCGCAAAGUUUCCGUCGGCCCCUUGGACCAGGAAACUAUCCCAUGGAUCCCGCCCCGCUGCCUGGGAGAUACUGCGAGUGGCAAAAGGUUUUUCCAGCACCUUUAGCUUUCUUUAAUUUGAUGGUGCUCCUGUGCUGGAGCAGGCCCCAUAUUUUGAUUCUCCCUGCACCAGAGUAUCAAAAUGUGAAUUGUUAACUCUAGGCUCGGCUGGAUUGUGCAAGGGAGGCAGCAUGAAAGUUCAGUGUGGUCCAGCUUGUGGGGAAGCUAACAUUUCCCGGUUUAGUGCUCUGUGCGAACCCUGAGAAGCAGCUCAAGGGACACAGCAACCCACUGCAGGCCAGGCCUGGAGGCAGAGACAGACAGGGGGCUCUCCUGCUGUGGCCUGCCCCUGAGAUUUUAAAUAUUUGUAGGCUGGUGGGGUGGGGGGUGUUUCGAGCUUUGGACAGGGCCCCGGGAGAGCCGGAUUCUAGUCCCUGCUCGGCCAUGAAGCUCAGUGGGUGACUUUGGGCCGGUCUUUCCCCCUUAGGCUGAUCUUGCUCGCAGGGUGGUGGUUGUGAGGAUAAAAUGGAGCUUUGUAAGCAGCUUUGGGCUGCUUGCAGAUGGGCUCUGAGUGCAGUGUAAUAGAUCAAUAAUGCUGAUAGAAUCGCCGCCACCAUCACGGUGUAAAUCUCCUCCCCAGCUCCUUACAAAGAGAGGGAUGGCACAAAAGCUGGGGAAUGCCGAACUGCUGGGGGUCAAGCAGAAGGGGCGGGUCAGGGAAGGCCGCCUGGCCUCCUGGUUGGACGGGCUGGACUGGGACUCCUGCCGCAGAUCCUCGCAUUGGCCGCGUGGGCCCCCGCUUUCCCUCUCCGCCCAGUCAGCACCCAGGAAGCACACGGAGGGAGAGCACCUCUGGGCUCAGCCCACCCCCUUUUUCCACACUGGGAUGCUGGGGAUGGGCUCACACUGGUUUGUGCAGGUCCUGAGCUGUGUAGGAAGGAGCGAUGGUCUGCAAGACCCCUUGCGUUGCGCCCCUCUCUUCUAGGUCUGGGUGAUAGCUGACAAAGUCCAGGGGAGCCACAGCUUGAGCUGUGGGACGGUCUGUCAUCGGACGGGAGUCCAGCCGCUGGAGCCCAAGGGAAUCUCCUGGGACUAUGGCAUUGGG